UCCCCCUCCUGUACCAAACCAUUCAAACCUCUCAGUAUCAGAGCAGAGCUCGGGGAGCUGGCAUCUCCCUGUGCCCCUCAGCACCCCACAAUGAGAGCCCUGCAGACACAGUGACUAUUGGGGACACCGUGGUGGCUAUGGGAUGGAGCAGGACCAGUAUGAAGCUCGUCUCAAGGAGCUGUUUGAUAGUUUUGACACCACGGGCACGGGGUCUCUGGGACAGGAAGAGCUGACGGACCUCUGUCAUAUGCUGCAGCUGGAGGAGGUGGCCCCCUCAUUACAGCAAGUUCUGCUUCAGGACAACCCACAUGGCCGGAUUCACUUCGACCAGUUUAAAGAAGCCCUUAUCGAUGCCUUAUCCAGCACCCUGUCCAGUAAGGAGAUCUGCCCCGAACCAGAUGGCUCCCCCGAAGCCCAGCCUAAAUACAUCAAAGAUGGCAAGCGCUACGGUCGCCGCUCAGUGCCGGAGCUUCAAGACUCUCUGGAAGAGUAUGAUGAAGAGACGGUAAUUGAACCUGAAGAUGAAGGGACGAGGUCCUCGCAGGUCAGCUCCAGAAACUGCGAAGAGCUUUGGAGGAAUGAAGGGGAAGAAUACGAAGCGGAAGGGCAGCUCCGGUUUUGGAACCCCGAUGACCUCAGCGCUUCGCAGACUGUGCUGUCUCCAGACCAGGACUGGGUGGAGGAGAAGUUGCAGCUGAUAUGUGAGGAUCUCGGCAUCAACCGCGAUGGUCACUUGAACAGGAAGAAGCUUCUUUCCAUCUGCGAACAGUACGGUUUCCAGAAUCUGGACCACGAGGCCCUGGAAGACGCCUUACAGAACUUGGACCAAGAUGACACCAUAAGCCUCCAGGAUUUUUUCUAUGAAGCCUCUAAAAAUAGCAAACCCCCCACUCCGUCCUCCUCCACGCCUUAUCGACAGCUGAAGAGACACCUCUCUCUGCAGCCUUAUGAUGAGACCGGGAGGAGGACGCUGACUCCGUCGGCCAUGACUGGUACAAUCGGGCUCCGCUUAUUCUCCAAACUUGACGACGGAACGGGUUACAGCACUGUGGAGGACAUCAUAGACUUGUGGCAUGAAGAAGGACUGGAGAACGGACCGGCCAUACUCAAGGCUCUGGAUUUUUGCUUAGAAGGGAAGAUCAAUCUGAUGGAAUUGACCAUGGCGCUGGAAAAUGAGCUUCUGAUAACCAAAAAUGAGGUCUACCAGGCGGCUCUCGUCAGCUUCCGCUCAGAGAUCAGGCACUUAUUAGAACGGGCUGACCAGACUGUACGGGAAAAAGAGAAACUGCGCGCCGAUUUGGAGAAAAAUGAGAAACUAAAAAGUCUGAUGGCAUCAGAGGUGGACGACCAUCAUGCCGCCAUUGAGCAUCGCAAUGAAUACAACCUCCGAAAGUUGGACGAGGAGUACAAGGAGAGGACUACGGCUCUUAAAACGGAGCUGAGAAAAGAGCGGGAGCAGCUAUUACAACAAGCCAACCAUCAGCGGCUGGAGCUGGAGCAGGAGCUCGAUAAGCUGAAGCUGGAAGAGAAUUACCUCCGGGAUCGGCUUACAUUGUCCAUAAAGGAGAACAGCCGUAUGGAGAAUGAGUUGUUGGAAACUUCUGAGAAGCUGGCGGACUGCGAGGUCUUGACGGCCAAACUGCAGAAGACUCUUGACAACAUACUUCGUGAAAAGUUUGGGGAUCUGGAUCCAAGUUGUGUUGAGUUUUUCCGUCACGAGGAGAAGUUGAUGCAAGUGCGGAAUGAAUACGAGCGGCAGCGCCGGGAGCUGCAGGAUCGUAUUGAUGAAUUACAGCUGGAGCUGGAAGAUUAUAGAGCUCAGGGCAUUCGGGGCUUAAGAUCGCCUCUGAAGACUUCAUUAUUUGAUGAAAUGGAUAAUAAAAAUGCUGUUGACUAUGACCAAGGUAUCGGCUCUGAAGAUUGUCCUCCACUGAACAUGAGUAUCGAGGCAGAGAUGGCCAUCGAGCAGAUGAGAGAACAACACCAAAGGGAAAUGGAGCAAUUACAGGUGGAUCUGGAAUCUAAGGUUGCACACUAUGAAGAAAAGCUGAAGGAGGCAAAAUCCAUGUUUGAGAAAGAGCAAUAUGCCCUAAAGCAAAAGCUAAAUGAAGAACUUCACAAGGCAGAAGAGCAAAUACAAGUCUAUAAAAUUAAGCACUUAGAAUUAGAAGCCAACAUCUCAAGGCUUAUAGAGGCGCAGCAGAAAUCGGAACAUGAACAUCGCAACCAAAUGGACAAAAUGGGAGCAGAAUUCAGUAACCAGAGAGUGCAGCUGAUGGAGCAGGAGGCCGUCCUCCAAUUUCAAUUAGAGGAGGCCAAGGAAACCUACCACAAGGAGAAGGAGGAGCUGGUCCAGAGGGCAGAAGAGCUGGAGAAGAAGACUGAGAGCAAAAUCGUUGAUGUGGUAUCCACCUAUGAGGAGAAGAAGAGUGAACUGGAACAGAGUUUUAAUGAAAAAAUGUUGACUUUUCAGGAAAAACAUGACCUGGAAAAACUGGAAUUACAGAAGCAAUUGCUUGAACAACAUGAGCUGGAAGUCCAAGCGGAAAGGAAAAAAAUUGAGACAGAGUAUAAUAGAAGAAUCUCAGAAAACGAGGCUCGGUUUGUAAAUGACUAUGGUCUAGCAGUCAAAAAGUAUGAAAAAGAUUUAGUUGCUCUAAAGGAGAAGUUUGAGGACGAUCUUCAAGAUCUCCGGGACCAGCAUGCAGAAGAAAAGGCCCAGUGGGCAUUCGAAAAAGAAGAGCUCCUUCAAGAGAGCGUCGAAUUGCAGGAAAGACUGAAAGAGCAAUUAGCUAAAAUUGAAAAUGAGAAACAAAUAUCUUAUUCUGAGAUUUCACUACAGAAAGAGCUUUUAGAGAAGACCUACAAGGAACUGGUCAAUAAUUUACAGUCUGAAAAGUUUCAACUGCAAAAUGAACUUGAAAAGCUUAAAAUCGCUGCAAAACAAGUUGAAGUAGCACUCAAGGACAAGAUCCUUCAACUAGAAAAUGACUUGCUGGAGGAGUUGACAGAGCGAGAUGAGCAGCUUCUUCAAGCACAAACCAACAUAAAUAACCUGGUUCUUCAGGAAACCAUACAGAAGGUGGAAAGCCACCAUGCCACCGAGAGAGAGACUCUUAAUGAAAAACUGCUGGAGUCAGAGGCACUGUAUAAAGAAAUGUGUGAUGGGACAGAUACAAAGAGGCAAGAAAUGCUUGUAGAGAUCACUAGACUUCAAAGCACAAUCAAUGAACUUCAAAAUGAGAUCUCAUCUUUGUCAAAAAUUCAGAUGCAAUACACAGCGAUGAAGAAAGAAAAUGAAGACUUAAAGAAACUAGUGUCUGACCUACAGAAUAGUUCAAUCCUCCUGGAAGAAGAAAGAAGCAUUCUCAAAAAAUUUCAACAAGUGCAUGAGCAAAUAGUUAAAGAGAAUGUUCAGCUAUUGUCUGAGAUUGCUAAACUUCAGAAGUUGGAGGCAACUAAGACAGAUGCUGAAAAAAUAAAUGAAGAAGAUGAACCAAAUACUGAAGAGUUGGGUCAUAAAGAUGUACAGCAUCUUCGGGAAACCAUAGAACAACUAGCGAGAGCCCAUAAAUCUGAGAAAGACCAACUCAACUCCAAACUUUUGCAAUCUGAAAAGCUGUACAGAGAAAUGUGUGAUAAGUCCCAAAAGGACAUCAAACAAAUAGCUAGUCUUCAAGAUACCAUCAAAGACUUAGAGAAGGAAAUGGCUGCUUUAUGUAAAACUCAAGGAGACUUUAAGGUGGUUGAGAAACAAAAUGAAGAGUUGAAGUGUCUUGUAGAACAACUUCAAAACCGUAUGGUAGUUCCCGAGGAUGAAAAGGAUGUAUUUAAGAGUCUACAAGCCGUUCAUGAGAAAACUGUCAAAGAGAAUGUCAGGCUGUUGUCUGAGAUUUCUAGACUACAGAAAAAACUGUUGUGGCUUGAUGGCAAAUCCAACAGGUGCACCAAAAAUGAAGCUGCCGAAAUCGUGACAAAUUCAUUUAUGGAGUUGGAAGGAGAAGACUGCCCAAUAGUUCUGGACCCUCUAUCUUUCAGCCAGUAUAAGGAAACCAUUGAUAAUGUGAAUUUUAAACUUCAAAAUAAAACCAAGGAACUUGAAGACCUCACAAAGGUGUUCUGUAGAGUUGAACAGAGCCAUGAUGAGGUGAAAACUGAGAAUGGCCAUCUUAAGACACAGAUCAUUGUACUUCAGGAAAAACUAAGUGGUUUAGCUUUAGAGUAUGACCAAGUGAAGAAGGCAAUUAAUCUGGAAGUAAUUCCACUGCCGGAGCCGAAGGAUGCACCCAUAUCAAUUCCUGGCCUUAAACUGCUGUUGGCUGUUGCUAGAAAGGAAAAUUUGCAACUAAAGGAAAGCAUGACCGUUUUGGAGUUGAAAAAUAUAGAUGCUAUUGAAAAUAACAAAACUCUGUCCUCUGAAGUUUCAUGGUUGCAGAAGGAAAUACAAAACAUGGAGGAAAUCACUGAGGCUUCCCUGAAGCUUGAGCAGUUGUAUGAAGAAGCCAAGAAAGAAAACCAUGACCUGAAGGCACUCGUUCAUGUAAUGCAGGAAAAAAUUUAUAGUCUUGAGAAAAUACACUUAAAUGUUCCCAAAAAACAUAACAAUGACCUCAAGACUGAAGUAAGUUUAGAACCUAAUCUCAAUACUGCAGAACAUUCUCCAUGUAGUAUGACUUUCUCAAUGCCCCACCAUCAAAGUGAGGUAGAAAAUGUCCACAUCUUGCAACUGGGACUUAAUUCUUCAGCAGGCCAAGAACACACUUACCCUGAAGAACUUCCAAAAAGUAAAAAGCUGCAGUAUAAUAAAGAAAUUGGAAAGCCAGAAGUUAGUUCCACCAAGCUAUUUUCUCAUGAUGCAGCUUUAGAUCAUAGAUCCUUGGUAGGAGGUCUUCAAGAAAUGAGUCCGAGACCAAAGCAUUUAAUUGUGGACCAUGAGACCCAGAAGAGGCUGGAACAUCUGAGAUGUGAGAAUAAGAACCUAAAGGAGGAGAAUGCUUUAUUGGUUAGCCAGAUAAACUCUUUGAAAGAAGACGUUGAAGCCAAUGACCAAAAACAUGCUGAGCUUAUUGACACUUGUGAAGAUAUGUGGGUGAACCUUGAAACCACACGGAAGGAAAGACUUGCUAUGGAAAAGAAGGUUAAUGACUUAACAAGUGAGGUAACUGAACUGAAGAGCAGAAAUGAGCAGCUGGCUGUGGCAAAUGAAGAGUUGUUUUCCAAAAACUCAAAGAACCAAGAGGACAUUCAGGAUCUAAACCUCAGGAUGAUGCUGCUCCUCAAACAGAGAGACCGGAAGGACUCUGGUAAAGACCCUCAAAAGUGGAAGGAAGAGAUUGAAGGCUACAAGACCAAGGUAGCGGAUGCUGAAAGAGAGUUAUCCAAGGUCAAAGCUCACAAUCAGCAUCUGGAGGAGGACAACACUCUUCUAAAACAGGACGUCGAGACCAAAAAGCUCUCCAAAAGCUCAGAGGUGACGGAGCUGAGAAACGAGAUUUCACUCAUAACCAGGAAGAACGAAAAACUGAUGAAAGAAAAGGAAGCUCUGGGAGAGGAACUGAACAGAUGUGUGGCCAAGGUACUGCAGGUUGGCAUCCUGGAGAAUAAAAUAGCAAGUCUAAAGCAGGAGCAGAAGACGUGGGAGCAGCAGUCGCUGUCUCUGAAAUCUCAGGUCGCCGCCUCUCAGGAGCAGAUUCAGAGCUUGGAGGAGAACUUGCAGAGUGUCAACCUCCAGAUGGCUCGUCUCAAGUCAGAUCUCCGAGUCGCACAGCAAGAGAAGGAGUCAUUAAAGCAAGAAGUGAUGUCCUUACACAAACAGCUGCAAAACGCUAACGCCAAGAAGCAGGUUCUGGAAAUGGCUGUGCACUCCUCAGGGCUACAGAACCAGCAGAAGAAGCAGUACUGGGACGACCUGGAGCAGCUGAUGGAGCAGGAGCAGCAGCUUCUACGGCAGGAGAAUGACCGACUUCAGAGGGAGGUGCAGCUUACCAAGGGCGAUCUGGCCCAAACCAGGGAGAAGGUGCGGCAGCUGGAGUCGGCCAUCAUAUCCCUGAAGCACCAGAAGCAGCAGAGCCAGUCCAGCCUGGUGAAGGCCCUGGAACAGGAGAAGUCCAGUCUCAAGAGGGAAUGCGACCAGCUCCAGACAGAGCUCCUCUCUGCAAACAGGAAGAUCAGUCAGCUUAGUGCAAUAGAACGGGAGCUGGAAACCAUCAAGGCCGAGAAUGAAGUCUUACGAGCAAAGCAGGGAAAGUUUGACGAUCCGUUCAUGGAAAUGCGGCACCCUUCCUCCGGUGUGACCCAUAGCCGCUCUCCGCUCCAGCAGCAAGCUUGUGCCACCUCACCCCGGGAACAGUACCUGCAGCUCCAGGUGGACAGACGAAACCAACAGCAUCAGGCAACAGCAGAUAACCUCGGCUCCGGCAACAGCUCUCCACAGGGUGAACCAGAACUUCUGCUGAGAAAAAUGGAGGGUCGGAUGGUGGAAGUGGAGCAGAAGCUAAGAAUUGUGAAAAUGCUCCUGCAAGAGAAAGUGACUCAACUGAAAGAACAAGUCACCAGAAACACAAGAGCAGACGCUAAGAUUAAAGAUUUGUAUGUGGAGAACUCUCAGCUGCUCAAAGCUCUGGAGAUGAGCGCGCAGAGGCAUCAGACAGCCGAGAAGAAGAACUACUUCCUGGAGGAGAAGAUCUCAGGACUGAGUAAAAUAGUGAGAGACUUGACACCUGCUGGUCUGGGUGGAGCGCUCACUAACACAGUGGAGAUCUUAAACAAAACUGAGACAAAGACACCAACACUACAAGACGUCUGUCUGUCUGUCAGCUCCAGACAGAGGAUAAAAGCAUGGGGUCUGGAAAUGGGAAAAAAGAAAAACUUUGAAACAGCGCCACCCAAUUUCAUGGCUGUGUCCAGUAUUGCAGGCGUACAAAGGUAGUGAAAAAAGCCAACACCUGCUAUAUGUGACAUAAGGAAAUGGACAUUAUGCCUAAAAAUAAAUAAAUAAUUGGAACCAAGAAGAAUACACUGGAGUGCCGCCAUAUAUGUUACUUCCGCAGUCACUUUGUCUCUAUAAAGGAAAAGAUCCACACAUGUGAAUUAGCUUUGGUGGGUCGCCUAUUUGCCACUAGUCCAGCAAAUGGGGCCAUUAAAGGGACUGGGUGCUCCUGGCUGUUCGGAAGCCUCUAGGAGGGACCGAGAGGACAGUGGCAGUUCCCCAUAUGUGCCGCGUGUCCUCACUAUAGCACUUUCAUGAGGCCAAACGUCUCUUUACAGUGUUUUUCAUAUCAUCCCACUGCCGACAUAUAAAGGAUAUUUAUCAACUAUUCCGUAUGUUUUGACAGAAUUUCUAGAAUAUUAGGUUCUUCACGAAAAAUCUGAUUACUAAGGCUGUAAAUGAUGGUGCACGGCCUAGUGUACAUCCUGCAGAUAAAGACCUAACUAAUCGAAGAGCGACUGGUUGCUAAGUGCUGCCUGACAACCCUAUUAGGACAAUGGUUGUUAGGCUACGUAUCCCGGGCAACCAGACUGCCAGACAUAACAGUUCAGUUCAGAGCUCCAUGCUGCCUUAUCAAUCAGAUUUUCCUACAAAUAGAUUGAGGAUCUUCUAAAGCAAACAUUUUGUGUUCUGAAACUGCCAUGUUGCUACCGUUGAUUGUCGCGGGUCCUCCAUUGCACUAGCUUUCUCCACUGCUGCCAUGUUUUUUUUAGUGUUUUAUUCCCCCCCCCCCCCACAUUAUUUUUCACAGGAUUGUCAUAGGAAACUGACUUAGCAAGUAUACCCCCCAAAGUGGACAUUUUGUGGGAGGGGGUUGAAAUGUUGGGAGUUGUGGUCUGGUAAGCAGGUGAUGAUGCACAUUUGUAUGUAUUUAUUUAUCACUGCCAUCAAGUGGAGGAAGUUCAUUUGCAAUUAUAGUGGUAAUUAGGGAAUUGUGGUCGGCUCCUAAUGGAGGAUUGUAACUGCGAAUGUGUAAUCAACGCUCAUAAAAUAUUUCACACGGUGUCUGAUAAAAUGUUUUCAUGAUUUUAAGGUGAAAAAUUCUAAGAAAAAAAUUUAAAUUACAACUUUUUUUUUGUAAUAAUAAAACAAAGAAAAUUCUGUGUAUCAUUA